GGGGCCGACCUCAUCAUUAUUCUGUCUCCACCACUCUACUGCCUCUUGGGCUGCACCAGCCCAUCCCCCCAGCAGCUGUCGCUGACCUCUCUGAGCCCUUCCUAUCUUCUGGGAGGGAAUUGCUGGGGUUGUCCCGGCAACCAGAGUCUCCUGCCUCUCUCGACAUGUCACCGUUUGACCGGAUUUGGAUUUGCAUCCCAUCUGGUCAGCGAUGAAGUGGGAGCAGCCAAUGCCACUUACCCCACUGAGACAUCAACUCCAAAUUGAGACAUCAACUGCAGAGUCAUGGGAUUUCACCACAGGGAAGAUGGCCUUGUGGUGCUAGAGGCAGUGCGUAAAGGAAAACAAGGAGCUGUGCAGACCUGGAGAAAAUUACUGGACAACACGGAUUGCACAGGGGGACAAUGAAGGCCAUUUUUCUCCUGUUCUUUCUAACUAUUGGGAUCUGUGCUAACCGUCCUUACCCAUACCAUUCUGGCUAUCCCAACAAUAAUGACAACAGUUGUGACAACUAUGGAAAUGAACCAUAUCCACCAAAUAUGAACCGUCAAAUCCAAGGAAGUGUCCGGAUGCCAAACCCAGCAUUCAUCAACAGUAAUUCCAACUUUGCCUUCAAGUUCUUAAGGCAGGCUUCCAAUGGAGCUGAGAGGAGCAGUCUGGCAAGGGAGAACCUUGUCUUCUCUCCCAUGUGCAUCUCAUCUGCAUUUGCUAUGCUGGCACUGGGUGCCAAGGCCAACACCUUAAAUCAGAUCCUCAGAACACUCAGCUUCACCCCAGCAGAGAUCCAGGAAAGCAUGAUACAUCAAGGUUUCCAUGAUGUCCUCUACAGGUUAAACAAUGAGGGGAAUGGUCUUCAAGUGGAAACAGGCAGUUGCCUCUUUGUCGAAAACAAGCUGCGUCCACAACAGGCAUUUUUGGAUGGAAUUAGAAACAUCUAUGGAGGAGAGCUUUUCAUGGAAGAUUUUAAGAAUGCGGCAGAAACUGAACAACACAUCAAUAGUUAUAUUGAAAAGAAAACUCAUGGGAUGAUUCCCAAGCUGGUUGACCAAAUCAAUCCAAUUACUGAAGUACUACUGGUGAGCUAUAUUUAUAUGAAAGCCAAGUGGAAGAAGCCUUUUAACCCAAAGUACACCGAACUGCACGACUUCUAUGUGAAUCCUUACACCGCUGUGAAAGUGCCAAUGAUGUUCCAGAUGGGCAUGUUUGAAAAUUGUCGUGACGAUGAGUGGUCUUGUACUGUUCUAAAAAUGCCCUAUGACGGGCAUGCGGCUGCAUUUUUUAUCCUGCCUGACCCAGGGCAACUGGACAAUGUGGUCAACAGUCUGUCAUGUGAAGUUUUGCAGUCCUGGAAGAGAAAACUGAGAAAGAGCCCAACAGAUGUGUACAUUCCAAAAUGCACGGUUAGUGGAAAACUUAACCUAAAAGGGAUCAUGUAUCCUCUGGGUAUAGUCGAUGUGUUCACCGAUAAGGCAGAUCUAUCUGGAAUCACAGGGAAGCCACAACACAGGCUCUCAGAAGCUGUUCAUAAGGCUGUAAUGAUGAUAGAUGAGAGAGGAACAGAAGCCUCCGCAGCCUCUUCUAUGGACAUAGUGCCGAUGUCUAUGCCUGCCACCAUCAAACUGGACAGGCCUUUCCUCAUUUUGAUUGCUGAUGAAAAAACCAGCAGUAUCCUCUUUAUGUCCAAGAUGUUAAACCCGAGUGAGAAGCAGACAGGCUAAAGCACCUGAUUACUCAAUAAUAAACAUGCUGACCUGAA